AUGAACUUAAAAAAGGCUAGGAAAUCUAAUUCAAAUGAAGAUUGGGCAACAUACCGUAGGACUAGAAAUAUAAUAACAAACAGAAUCCGCUCAGCGAAAGAAAAAUAUCAUAGGAAUUUUAUUUAUGACAAUAGUCAUAACCCACGAUCGUUUUGGAAAACUAUGAAAAAGGUCUUUCCUGUAGAGAGUAAACAUGUGGCGACCAGGGAUGCCGGAAGAUCGAUAUUAGCGGGGGCAGAUAUUCAUAUAUUCUUGUUCACAGACUGUAAAAACAAUCGAUUUCAAAAGAAAUUAAUUGGGCAGAACAGGAAUAUAUGAAUAUCUGCACCCGCUAUUAUCGAUCUUCCGGCAUCCCUGGUGGCGACUAAUACAUUGAUUGAUGGAAAACUGAGUAAAGAUAAACAACAAAUUGCUAACGCAUUUGGUGUAUACUUUACUGAAACAGUAUCGCGGCUGCACCAAUCGCUUAGUAAUCUUUGUAAAAACAUCGGAAAUAUUACAUCGCAGUGUUUUUUCAAACGUUUAAAUAGUGGUUUUGUAUUUAAAUUCGAGGAAGUGAAAGAGCAGUUUAUUCUAAAUAAUUUGCGUAAAAUUGAUGUUAAGAAAGCAGCUGGAUUAGAUAAUACACCACCACGACUUCUGAAAGACUCCGCUAAUGUUAUUGCCAGACAACUCACAAAGAUCAUUAACGUAUCCCUCGAACAAGGAACAAUGCCUGAUGAUUUCAAACUUGCUAAGGUAAUUCCUGUUUUUAAGAAAGGACAACCCGGAUAUAUGGACAACUACAGACCGAUCUCAGUUCUUCCCACAGUGUCUAAGCUAUUAGAGAAAGCAGUCCAUGAUCAUGAGCAGUUGUAUAGAUUUUUAACAACGAAUCAUCUCUUGAAUCCUUACCAGUGUGGUUUCCGUAAAUAUCACUCAACGGAAACUGCGGUUAUUUCUCUCACAGACUCUAUUCGAAGGAACAUUGACCAAAAGAUGCUUACAGGAGCCAUAUUUGUAGACCUUAGGAAGGCGUUUGACACCGUAGACGCUCCCUACUUUUGGCCAAGUUGGAGAGUUACGGCGUAG